AUGCCUCCUCCUCACACGGGAUUUGAAUUGUCUUCCAAGAUUUUUAAACUUUUAAAUGAGUGGGGAAUUGAAAAGAAGAUUAUGACUCUUACACUGGAUAAUGUAUCUGCUAAUGAUACAUGUCAAGAUCAUUUGAAAAAUGGAUUAAAAUUUGCUCAUGAUGUAUUGGAUAAGAUUAGGAAAAGUGUGAAAUAUGUAAGGGGAUCUGAAAGUAGAAUGAUAAGGUUUAAAGAAUGUGUUUCUGCGAUUCCUGAUUUGAAUUUUACAAGUGGGUUGCAUCUAGAUGUUACUACUCGAUGGAAUUCUACGUACAUUAUGCUCGAAAGUGCUAUCAAGUGUCGGAAGGCCUUUGAGUAUUUGAAGGCAACUGAUCAUGCUUAUAAGUAUUGUCUUUCGGUUGAUGAAUGCGGGAGAGCUGAAAGGAUAUGUGAAUUUUUAUACCCUUUUUAUGAAACUACUAAUUUGAUUUCUGGUACAUCUUACCCAACUUCGAAUUUGUAUUUUCUACAAGUCUAUCAUAUUCAAUGUGUUUUGAUGGAAAGUUUGAGAAGUGAAGAUGAGCUUCUAAGGAGCAUGGGAGAAAAGAUGAUGAACAAAUUUAAGAAGUAUUGGGAAAAGUAUAGUGUCAUUCUUGCAUUUGGUGCUAUUCUUGAUCCUUAA